GCUUCCCAACCCCCUGAGCCACGGUCACCCCGAUAUUCACAACAGGUUAAAGAAAAAUGAAGUAAAUUUGGGCUUUGUGUUGUGCACAUGCAUGGAAACAACGGGUAGGAUGGUUUGUGAGGUAGGAUCGAUUCCCAGAACACCGGACUGAACUUUGACCCCGAGCCUAGUAGCGAGUGAGGACGGGGUCUCUGAAUGGCCCCACAGAGACCCCCAUCCAUCUGUAGCCAGUCAACAUCUCCCAGCAGCUGCUGGUCCAGUCCCCAUCAAAAGUUUAAGACCAGUUGAAAAAUGUCAUAAAAUCCUGUUUUUCAUGGUUGGAUCGUAAAAAGGUUCCAAGUAGCGCUUCAACAUGCAACAAGAAGAAAUGGGAGUGAGACAAAACACCUUUUAGAUCAUGGAUCGGUGCUGCUAACGUCUCUGUGGGAGGGCCGAGCUCAGCUUUUACACCGACUGUGAAAUAUGAAACAGCGCACAACAACUCACCUACUGCUGCAGCUGAGAGACACACAAACAGAGAGAUGGGCUUUCGAAACCAAAAUACUCACCUAGCGCCCCCAAGACGGGGGGUUAACAUGCCGAUGUGGUUUAGUGAGAUGAGAAGUUACAGAACGAGCUGCCGUUAACAGGAAGUCACAAGCUGGCCUUGCAAAACCACAAAAAUAUAAAUAACACAGAUUAUCAGAAAGUCAGAGAAGAAGAAGAAGCAGAAGAAGAAGAAGCAGAAGAAGAAGCAGCAGCAGCUUGAAAGUCUUCUUGGUUUAUUUGAUAUUCAGCUUGAACUGAACACCAACCAUCGGACUGAUGCAGCGAUGGAGGCCGUGGUGCUGCUCCUGCUCCUGCGCUCAGUCUGUGAAUGUGACAGCAGCAGGGUCAAAGGUCAACCAGGUCAGGACGUCACUCUGCCCUGUAAAUAUGACAGGAAAUAUCACAGAUCUAUGAACGUGUGCUGGCAGCGAGGAGAAAUACCAGCCAGAGGCUGCUCCAAUCCGCUGAUCUCCACAGAUGGACUCAGAGUGUUAACCAGAGCUUCCAGCAGGUAUGAGCUGCUGGGCCGACUGGAGGACGGAGACGUCUCUCUGACCAUAAAGAGCCUGACAGAGGGAGACGCUGGACGAUACGGCUGCAGGGUGAGGAUACCCGGCUGGUUCAACGAUGACAAACAUCACAUCGACCUGACUGUUGUUGAUGACCUGAGCGUCGUCACAGCUGAGGAUCUUUCUCACAUCUUAACCACCAUCACAACCAUGGCGGGACAAACAGGAAGUGAUGUCACAGACUUGAUGACAACGCACACUCAGACUGAGGUGAGGAUCACAGCUGUGCAGCAGGAGGACCACCUGGAGAUCUUCAUCGGGAACUCAGCGAGACUGACCUUCAUC